AAGGAGUAAUAAUUUUCCCCCAUCAUUUUCCUUCAAUCCUUCCUCUCCCCUCCCCCUAACCAAACAGGCCUUACAUUCCCAAAACCACAACGCCGGGCUAGCUUGAAAACAGCGAAAGGAUACCUCUACCGGCUCUACCGAAAAAUUCCACAGAACUUUCAUGUCCAUCUCGCCUUCGAAGGUUCAGCUCGAUUCAGCUUCGUGUUCCUCUUCGCAUCUGGACUUCUCUCCAAACCCCAAUUCUAAUAAUGGAUUCGUUCCUUUCCCAAAUCAACCCAAGCUAGAAGACCCCUCUUUGUUCAUCUACGGUUUGGACUCCAGACGAGUCGCCGAUUCCGGUUCUUCUUCAUCUUCCUACUGCAAUUUAUCAGAAACAAGCUCAAUGGGUGCUUCUACAUUUGAUUCCCGUGUGUCUUCAGAAACGGUGAACUUAUCGAUUAGUCAAGAGGACAUUGGAUCCUUGGCAUACGACAUUGGUCAGAUAUCAGUGAAUAAGUGUCAGAAAUCACCACCCAUAACAUCUGUUCCCCUCAUCAGUGACAACAGCAUUGGAACUACCAGAUCUCAAGGAACCAUGCCACGUUCAACCAGGAGAAGAACCCAAAUGAUUAGUGGCAAUCACUUGCUGAAUUUUCAUUACGAUCCCAUUUCACGUCCAAAGUCCAGUGCUCCCCAUCCAAGGAGGCUGCCAAAGAGAAAGCCGUACAAUAAAGAUUUGUUUCUUCAAGCUAAUUACAAGUUUGUUGUGUUUGGUUCGGGUAUCUAUGUGCCCGAGUUAAUGGAUCCUGAUAAAAUGUUAGACUGGGAAGAUAUCAUCUCUGUGAAGUUCUCCACAUCGUUUCCUGUACAGUGCCCAAUCUGCUUGGAGGAUCCUCUCUGUCCACAAAUAACUUCAUGUGGUCAUAUCUUUUGUUUUCCAUGCAUUAUGCAGUAUUUCUCAGGGGGUAGAGAUGAUUACAAUGGUGAAUGCUGGAAGAAGUGUCCUCUAUGUUUUACGAUGAUAUCAUGCAAGGACUUGUGUACAAUUCAGAUUGAGAAUGUUAAGCAAUAUUUUGUGGGUGAUGACGUAAACUUUUUGCUUUUAACCCGCCAAAAGGAUUCAUUUUCUCUGUCUUUAAAGAAUAAUGAUGAUGUUGGCCUAUGCUGCGAAGAAGUGUUGAACUCCUUUUCAAAGUUCACUUUUACCUUAGAUGUGGAUGUCUCUGUUCGAGAGGCAGUCUCUGAUCUGGAUAGUUGGUUAGCAAGGGCUAAUUCUGGUUUGGUUGAUGACCUAGAGAAACUUCCAUAUGUAUGUGCUGCAAUGGAACAAUUGCAGCAACGAAAGAAAUAUUGGAAUGAGCACAUAGUUUCAAAUGGAAAUAAGUCUCACUCUUACAGUUCUCCCUCAACUGUGAACAAGUCAAAUUGGCAUGAGAAAUCAAGUAAAAAAAAAAAUCUUUCACCAACUCCAGCAGCUGAUGUUCAAUUAAUGGAAGAUCACUAUGGAUCUUUGCCUUCAAAAGAUGAUGGCAAAAACAUAGAAGUUACUGGUGCUUUGAGGGAGUCACAGAAUAGUGAUUCUUACAUUUUCUAUCAGUCCACUGAUGGUCAACACCUUAUCAUUCACCCACUAAAUAUGAAGUGCCUUCUGCAUUACUAUGGAAGCUAUGAUCGACUUCCAAACAGAAUCAGUGGAAAAAUUCUGCAGUUGGAGACAAUGAAUCAAUCAGAGGCUCUUAGGAGACGCUACCGCUAUUUAAGUCAUAUUUCAUUGAGAACAUCAAUACAGCUUUGUGAAAUUGAUCUAUGCAAGAUAUUGCCUGCUGAUGCACUUUCUCCAUUCAUGAUUGAAAUUAAAAAAAGGGAAAAGAAAAGAGAGCGGGUUGCUAGGAAGGAGCACCAUUUGAAAAUCAAGGCUGAAACAUCUAGACUACAUUAUGUUUCUUCACCUUGUAAUCAGGCAGGCUCUCAUGUUUACAUGCCUACAUUCUCCAGUGAUGAUUUUGAAGCUUUGGGAACUUCAGCCGCAAUAUCAUCAAGUCCCCCAACAGUUGAAGGCAGGCCACUAUUUUCAAAUGUUGCCAGGCUCGGGUUUGCUGCUGGGCAUGAUUCUCCUGCAUUGAAAUUGGAUGAAUCUUCUCCCAAGGCUGAGGCUUCACAUAAUACUUCUGCUAAAAGUGGUCCAAAGCAUGCUGGUACUACAGCGUCCCCAUCAUUUGCAAAUGUGACGUCUAGAUGCAAAGCGGAUGAGCGCCUAAAUGUUUCCAAUGCAAACGAGGGGGAGAAAAGGGUGAAGAAGCCAAAUCGGGUUCUCCUUUCAACAGUUGUGCCACGCAGAUAUUGAUGAUCACGUCCCAUUUUUCGUCCAAAGGGAAAAGGGGAUGAAGAUAGCGGGUUUAGGGAUACUAGAAUGUAUGUAAUUAUAGAUUUAUAAGACUAUGAAUCUGACUUUUUAUUAUUUUUAUUACUAUUGUAGAGAGUAAUUUUUAUUAUUGUUAAAAAAAUAUAAUUUAUAGAUUUUA